CCCGCCCAUGGCCGCCCAGCCCCGCGGCCGCGCUCCGACCUGCCCCGCGUAGGCUGCGAGCCGCGGGGGCCGCGCUGGGCUGCCCCGCCGCCAUGGGCCCGGCGGGGGCGGGCGAGCGCUGAGGGGCCCGGCGCGGCGGGGGCGGUGCGCGGCCGCGGGGGGGGGGUUUCCCGCCCGCCCGCCCGGCGGCCGCGGGCUGAGGGCGCGCAGGGCCGGCGGCGAGCCCCGGGCGCGGAGGGCGGGGAGGCGGCCGUUGACCCCCCCCCCGCCUUCACACAGAGGCAGAAGCGCAGCCGGGAGGCGCUCGGCGGCACCGGUAGAGCGGGGGGAGCCGCCGCCGCCCGCCCGCCGCCAACCCCCCCCCCCCCCGCCUCGGGGGCGGCUGCCCCCGGUGGAGCCUCCAUCUGCAGCCCGGCGGCGGGAGCGGGAACAUGGCGGACCUGGAGGCGGUGCUGGCCGAUGUCAGCUACCUGAUGGCGAUGGAGAAGAGCAAGAGCACCCCGGCAGCCAGGGCCAGCAAGAAGAUCACCCUGCCCGAGCCCAGCAUCCGCAGUGUUAUGCAGAAAUACCUCGAGGAGAGGGGUGAAUUAACCUUUGACAAGAUCUUUCAUCAGAAAAUUGGAUUUUUGCUCUUUAAAGACUAUUGCAUGAAUGAGAUUGAUGAAGCUGUCCCUCAGCUCAAGUUCUAUGAAGAGAUAAAAGAGUAUGAGAAACUGGAUUCUGAGGAUGAGCGCCUGAGCCGAAGUCGUCAGAUCUAUGACACGUACAUCAUGAAGGAGCUGCUGUCCUGUUCCCAUCCUUUCUCCAAACAAGCUGUAGAUCAUGUACAAACACAUCUAGCCAAGAAACAAGUGCCAGGCAGCCUUUUCCAGCCAUAUAUAGAAGAAAUCUGUGAUAGUCUCCGAGGAAAAAUAUUUCAGAAAUUUAUGGAAAGUGACAAGUUUACUAGGUUUUGUCAAUGGAAAAAUGUAGAGCUAAAUAUUCACCUGACCAUGAAUGAUUUUAGUGUACAUAGAAUAAUAGGAAGAGGGGGAUUUGGUGAAGUGUAUGGUUGCAGAAAAGCAGACACUGGAAAAAUGUAUGCAAUGAAAUGUUUAGAUAAGAAGAGAAUCAAGAUGAAGCAAGGAGAAACAUUAGCCUUAAAUGAAAGAAUUAUGCUGUCGCUUGUCAGUACAGGAGACUGUCCUUUUAUAGUGUGUAUGACCUAUGCCUUCCACACCCCUGACAAACUCUGCUUCAUCCUGGACCUGAUGAAUGGAGGAGAUUUGCACUACCACCUCUCCCAACAUGGAGUGUUUUCUGAAAAAGAAAUGAGGUUUUAUGCUACUGAGAUCAUCCUGGGUUUAGAACACAUGCACAAUCGCUUUGUUGUGUACAGAGACCUAAAGCCUGCAAACAUCUUGCUGGAUGAACAUGGGCACGUGAGGAUAUCAGACCUUGGGCUGGCUUGUGAUUUUUCCAAAAAGAAGCCACAUGCUAGUGUAGGUACCCAUGGAUACAUGGCUCCUGAGGUGCUCCAGAAGGGAACAGCAUAUGACAGCAGUGCUGACUGGUUCUCCUUGGGCUGCAUGCUUUUCAAGCUGCUGAGAGGUCACAGCCCUUUCAGACAGCACAAAACCAAAGACAAGCAUGAGAUCGACCGGAUGACGCUCACCGUGAAUGUGGAGCUACCAGAGUCAUUUUCUCCUGAACUGAAGUCCCUGUUGGAAGGGCUCCUGCAGCGGGAUGUAAGCAAGAGACUUGGAUGCCAAGGAAGAAGUGCACAAGAAGUAAAAGAACAUCCUUUCUUCAAAGGCAUUGAUUGGCAGCAAGUCUAUUUACAAAAGUAUCCUCCACCAUUGAUUCCUCCCCGGGGAGAAGUAAAUGCAGCAGAUGCUUUUGAUAUAGGAUCAUUUGAUGAAGAGGACACUAAAGGCAUUAAGUUGCUCGAUAGUGACCAGGAAUUAUAUAAGAACUUCCCUCUGGUAAUAUCGGAGCGUUGGCAGCAAGAAGUAGCAGAAACUGUUUAUGAUGCAGUAAAUGCAGACACAGAUAAAAUUGAGGCCAGAAAAAGGGCUAAAAAUAAGCAGCUUGGCCACGAGGAAGAUUAUGCACUUGGGAAGGACUGCAUUAUGCACGGAUACAUGCUGAAACUGGGGAACCCCUUCUUGACCCAGUGGCAGCGUCGAUACUUUUACCUCUUCCCCAACCGACUUGAAUGGCGAGGAGAAGGCGAGUCACGGGACCUCUGGACUAUUUAUACAAAAAAACAUAAACUGCAAAACCUCCUGACAAUGGAACAAAUAGUAUCUGUUGAAGAAACACAAAUUAAAGACAAGAAAUGCAUCUUAUUGAGAAUUAAAGGAGGAAAACAGUUUGUCUUACAGUGUGAGAGUGACCCAGAAUUUGUUCAGUGGAAAAAGGAGCUGACAGAGGCUUUUACCGAGGCACAGAGGCUGCUGCGCCGGGCUCCAAAGUUUCUCAAUAAAUCUCGCUCAACAGUUGUAGAGCUUUCCAAGCCACCCCUGAGCCACAGGAACAGCAAUGGGCUGUAGGAGCCAGGGAGCAACGUUCCCGUCGGGAAAGCUACUUUGUGAACAUGUUGAGUUUCACAGAAUCCUUACGAAUGACUUUGUGCAAUCCUGGAUGCAGGAUGUGCUUAGAAGAGGAAGAAUUAGAUGUUUACAGCGGGGGGUAAUGUCAGAACUCUGUCUCUGGAGGUUGUGAAGACUGGAACAAUGGGAAGUGGCUCCGUGUUCCUAGCAGUGGUGGCAGUGACCAACCCUAGAGGCUGCAUGUUGCUCCCACGCAUUCCCACCCCGCCGGUGUCUCAGAUGUGGUCUGUUACUCCAGCUACUGAAGGAAGGAAGACUUUUCUCUGCAAUACCCUCGUUUGGUGCAUACCAAGCCUGGAGACUGACGUGGUUUCUGCUGGGCAGGGCAACACUGUUGUGUGCGGCCCCAACAGGGCCCUGGGCUGUGGGAGGAGCUGCAGACUCGCCCUGUUGGAAAACCUUUAACCUGUCCUGUUGCCAUGUUCUUUCCAACCGUUACUGCUGACUUUAUAACAACCUUUCUCCAUACUGCUGAUGAUCAACAGUGUGACUCUUAUGCACUUCAAAGUACUGAGUUCUAACUGUCCUGUGGUAUAAAUGUUAUUGCUACUUCAUGGAAACAUUGAACUCAGAUUAUUCACUCGGUUUGUUGUACUCGCUAAUAGUAGCUACCACCGUUUGCUUCUUCUACGUAUAUGCAGUACUAUAACUGACACAAUAGAGUAAUAAUUGGUGAAGAGGAAUUUAUGGUAGCUUCAUCUAGUGCUCUGUUGUAUAAAUUGACUAUUUUAGCACAGUUUUUAAAGAGCAGAUUCCUUUUGACAAGUUUACAGUGAACAUAAAGACAGUUCUUUUUCCAUUUCAGGUCAACUGCACUUUUUAAAAAUUAAAAAAAUUAUUCAAAUUCCAUGCAUUCUAGUGCAUGUACUGGGUUAAAAUGUCUGGGUACCUUGGUACGUAUUUGGGAUCACUCUUCAGUUAUGGGACUUGUGGAUCCCUCUGUACACAAAAACAUGAAGCAAGUGUGUUCCUGUAGUGUAGAUAUCCCAGACCUUCUCUGUAGCUCAGCUCAGGGGGUUCUUGCACAAAUCUCAUGGCUCAGCUUGCAAAAGGAUUCUUAAAUUUCUUUUUGAGAGAGUACAGAGUGUCCCCAUAGAGAACUGAGGAUGGAGCUGACAAAACGAGCUGAUGAAUGCCAGAUUUCUAUUAAUUCCGCUUGAGCCAUCAGUUGUGUCAUGUGGAAACUCUUCCUAAAGCAAAGAUACAAUCUCUGAACCGUCAGACAGCGUCAAACAUGUGGACUCAGCCUUUCCCUGGUUGUUGUGAUGUUUGUAAGAGAUAGGUCAGGGCUGGAUUUAAGCUUUUUUUUUUUUUUCUGAAUCAACAAACACCAUAGAGAGUAUUUUCUGCCUAGUUAUGGAGGUGCAAUUCCUUAAAGUCCUUAAAGACUCUGGGAAUUGCAUCUCCAUGACCGGGAGCAGAGGUGACCCUGACAGCUCUCUCUGCUCGGGUUGUCUGCUGUGUGUUGCUCACAGGUAACCACAGGUUUCUUGACUUGUUUCCUUGUAGAAAAGUACAAGUUGGCAAAGCCAGGAGAAUUAUUUUAAGUGUUUGUUUAUCCUGAACACACUUGUAAUAAAGUUGGAUGUGUUUGCUUCUAGAAGUGGGAAUGGCUUAGCCUGGCAUAGCGUGUGCUGUCGCGGGUGUGUCAGUCCUGCCUCACCGGCUGCGUGGGAGGAACAGGCAUUUGGGAAGAUGCCCCACAUGAGUCAGGUGAUACCUUUUCAUCACUUGUUUCCCCCCUUUUAUUUUUCAAACUACUCUGUAAAAAGAGUACCGACUUCUCUGUUGUUGUUGCUGGUAAGUGGUGUUCAGGAUCUCGGCUUCCUCUCCUCUCAGCUCUGGUGUUUAUCAACGUGUGGCACAGAAAGUGUCUCCUCUUAUGGCACUGGUGGUGUUCAGUGUUCCUAGAAUACCAUGCAAUGCUCUCAGUUUUAUUCUUGUUUGGGAAAAAACCCACCACCUCAGAUUGUGAUAAAGGCCACUUUCAGUUCUCAUGUAGCUUGUUCAUACUUUCUUAGUUCGUGAUGAGUUCCAUUCUUCACUUGGUUAUUUUCCACGGUCGCUUUCCGUGCGGAGCCCGUGCAUUCUGAGCUGUGCAGGCCCUGCUGCAGCAAACCACAGGUUGUGGUGCUGGUGUCUGUGCAGAGGGGAGGGACAGACAGCUCUGCGAUGGUGCCUCAGACCCACAGAUUUUGUAUGAAAUGAGGGCUGGGUAUUGACUUACAGAAGUAGGCGUGUUGUCGGGUGGAGUGGGGAGCCCUAGAACGUGCUCGUUGGCCUGGGCUGUGUUGCCUCCAUUGGUCAGCACUGCUGGUCAGGGCAGGUGGGAGCAGAAUAGCAAAAUACUUGGUUUUCAGUAGUCAACUGGUUUAUCAACAGUCUUUGUAUUUGUGACUCACACAUGACUGUGCUGUUAGGAGAGAAAGCGAGGUUACUGAAGCCAAAACCUGGGGUACAUGUGGAGGCAGCUGGGAUCCCAGAAAUGUGUGAGGUUCUGGGCAGAAGGGACUGGCUCCUGGUGUGGAGAGAGAGCUGGGAUUGUGCCCUCCAGAUACCACUCCCAACUGAUCAUUCCUGCUUUAGGUACCAAUUUCUCUGAAGUUUUCUUGGACAAAGAUUCUUGCUGGUGUUGUUUUACAUGAGAGUCCUUAGCUGUGUGUGUAGAAAAUCAGGCAGAGAGCACAGGGGACAUGGUGGUGUCUCUUACACACUGUCACCACAUUUGUAGGACUUUUCUUUUAAUGUUCAGGGAAGUAAAGAUAAAAAAUUAGAGCUUCAGGCAUCAGCAGAGCUGAGUGAAUGAUUGAACACAGAUUUUUAAACAAACAAAUUACCUUGAAGUCUUAAAAAAAAGAAAUCACCUGUACUGAAGAUUUAAGCACGUACUUGUUUAUUCCAUUUCAAAACAGAGAAUUACAUGCCAGACAGAGCUGUAUUAAACACUCCCCUGACAGUUCCACAUGCCUUCAGUGCUGCAGGGAUUGUUUUCCAAUUACUCUUUGUCUCUGAAGUACAAGCUGACAAAUGCAGAAAGGCUAGAUCCUGGAAAGCAAGGGCAGGAGGGAAGUGGUGAUGGAAAGAGGGGCAGAUUCUGCUCGGGGUCAGAGGGGAUUUUGAGAUCUCCAGCUCUGUUGUGUGUGUGUUCCUGUCCCUUUCCUUGUCCCUUUCCCUCCACUCUGAGGUAGGGUGGCAUUUUUGAUAUGUGGGAGUUGCUGUAAUAGAAUGUCUCACUUCAAGAACAGAGAGACAGCAAAUUCCAGCCAAAAUCAGACUUUUAGGAGCUGAAAUUUAAGUGCAGGAGAAGCAAAGCAGCUGUUUUUCCUGCUGCAAGCUGAGUGCAGCUGAGGAACCAUUUGGAGCCAGGCUGGGGCUGUCAAGUGUUCCCUAGACACAGUGUCAGCCAGGAUGUCCCCUCACUGCUGGUACAAAUUAGGCAUUUUUUAUUAUUUUAAUUUAUUUGAUAAUUAUUUUGCAAAUUCGUGAAACAAGGGAACACUUACUAAUGUAUUUGUUUUAAAACCUUCAUCCUACUGUAGACCAUCCAGUUUUCUAAGUAUAGAAGCUGGUUGGUAUUGGUUGUGCUUGAGCUCUGUCUUGUCACUGGUCCAGGCUGCAGCCUGACGAGUCGCUCCUCCUGUGGCUGCAGCAAGAUGGGCUUUGCAGGGGUCAGUGCUGGAGCUGGUCCAUCUUGUGCUGGUGUUCCUGGUAUGUUACCCCCCGUUAGGCUUCAAAAAAAGACUCUGGGGAUGCUAAUAAUAGUUGGAUGUGUGACUGGGAAGGCUGGCAGGUCGGGACAGGGGUGUGCUUGCUGUGCACAGCUCCAGGAGAGGGACCUCAGCUCAACUGUGCUUGAUUUUCCUUAACUUCAACAACUCUCCUUUGGAAACUCAGCAGCAGUUUUUCUUCCACUUCUGCAAGGGUUAAACCAGGCACUAGGAUCAUUGGAUUGGCUUUGUUAUUAAUAUAAAUGCAGGUGUUUGCAGUCCAGGGCACAGGCAAUAGGAAAGGUUGUGUAUUUGGUGCUAAAAACAAACCUGUUUAUCCAAGUUGUGAUCCUGUGCGAGUGCUGGUGUGGAGCUGCUGGGGCUGCUGCUGUUGUACCACAGUGUUGCCACCACGGGCAGGAUGGUGAUGACUUGUGCACCAGUUUUUGGUGGGUUCCUGUCUCUGCUGAUAGCAAAUGAGCUCUUGCAGGGUGCAGUGCCUAGAGCUCUGAUUGUUCUGUCCCUGGCAGCCGGGCAGUGUCAGGACUGGGCUCUGCUCUGCAGGUCUUGGCAUUCCCUCAUGCAGCAGGUGGCAGUGACACAGAUACUUUUAACUCUGAAAUGCUCCAAAUAUCUAUGGAAGGACGACUAUUUUGAAGUGUACAGUAGAAACUAAAUAAUGCUAGUUGUCUUGAUUAAUAUGAGGAGUGGGUCAAUUCGUCAAGUUAAAGAAAAAAUCGGAGAGGCGUAUUUUCAAAAAGCAUAGUAUUAAUUUUAAUAUUGUAAAAAAAAGGAAAAUAUCUAAAAUAUACAGAGAGCAUAUAUAUAUCCAGAUGUCUGAGGAAUUUCAAGAUAAUCUACUUUUGUUUUCUGUUGAUUUCUACCCAUGGUGUACAUAUUGUGUGGAUUGAACAUUGGCUGUUUUAAUACUAUUGUUAAAUUGUAUUUUUAUUUUGUGUUAAACUAAUCAUCACAGACUCAGCUUUAUUUUGUUUAUGUAAAGGUUGCUAUGCUAUGUAGGUAUAAAACCAAGAAUUCUAUUUUAACAACAAAAAAAAGCAUUUUAUAUUAUUUAUUAAAUACAUGUUUCUCCAACUUCUGACAUUCCACAGAGUUUCUGCUCCAUAUAUGUAUAGAGGUGGUAGUUCCUUUCAAGCAGGAUCAGUCAGCUUUAUUCUGUUUUUCAUAAUAAAGUCAAAAUAGUUUCUGUCAGUCUGGCCAACUUACCCUUCUGUUAUGAGCACAGAGACUUGCAGGUGCUGUUGGGACCAUCUCAAAGUGCAGUGACUUGUAACUGCAGAAACACCUGAAAAACUCUUGCAAUAUAAACCCCUUGGUUUGGUAUUUCUGAAUUUCCCCUGUAUUCCUGGGCAUUGCAGAGAGCAGGCUUUUGUUCCUCCGAGUCUGUGCUGGGUUCAUGAGGGUUAAUAACCUUAACUUAGGGUAAGGAAUUAGCUUGAUGUUUAGAAAAGCUCAGCCAUCAGCUCAGGUAUUUAGAAAGCUCUUUAAUUCCAUGGUUGAUGAGCUGGUGGAAGGGGGAGCCUGGCAAGGCUGUGGAGGUUGAGCAGGAGUGGAGUCUGCACUUGGGCUGGUGUGGGUGUAGGGCACAGACAGGCUGCCUGGCACUCACCAGCGCAAAAAUGUAUUUACUGGAAAGGGUUUUUGGUGUUUCAGGGUGAUUACUUGGUCCCUCAAGAGAGGCUGGAGGCUGUGAGGCCAGGUGAGGUGCCCUGCGGAGCACAGGGGGCCCAGCAGCAGAUGCUGUGCUCAUCCCCAGGCUGAGGAGGGAAGGGGACCCGGUGGGGACAGUCCCUCAGGGGUGUGGGGAGGCCAGCUGGCCCUUCCUCAAGUUGAAGCUCCCACAUAAGCCAUCCCCUCAUUGCCAGGAGCCACAGGGCAGGCUCAGCCAGGGGCAGUGGGGCUCGGCUGUGCUGCUGCCCCUGGGCCUGCUGGGGUGUUUGCUGGGGUGCUGCUACUGCUGAGCACAUCUGUAGGUGACCAAACCAGCCACCCCCUUCCUGAGCAAGGUACAAAAAUAGCAUGGAAUCCAUCAGAUAACUCAGUUGCUAAAAAUAUUCCAGUUGCAAUCAUGUCCUGUGCAGUCUGAGGAGAACUCAAGGUAGGAAAGCGCAUGCUUUCAAUUUCCACCAUGAUGGAGCUUGAAGGACGUGCUCUUUGGGGCUGAGUGGGAUGUGGCAUCUCCAGGGUGAGCUGUGGCGUUGUCAGCUGUGCUGAUGAAGCUCCUUGUCUUGUUGAGACACUGCCUGAUGUGGGGAGGGGAUGGCUGCUUUUCCCUACUUCUUGCCUCGUUUUGCAUUUUCCCCUUCUCACGCCUGCCUGCUGGUGUUUGCUCUGUGGCUGAGCUGUUGUGUUGAGCUGCUCUGCCCAGAGCACCUGGAAGGAGGGAGAGGCUGGUGGCAGCUGUGACACCACAGUGGUAGGAUCAUGGUUUCUUGGCAUCACCUGCCAGGAAUGUGCUGUGAUUGUGAUGAUGUUGAGCCCAGUGCCACAAAUCUGAUACACGUCCAGGCAGGGAUUCUUUAGAAAACCUGGGGACAGGGUCAGAAAACUGGUUAUUUGUCCAGGGUCAGGAUUUGUCUGGGUUUGUGUAACUUGCUGUCCUGCCAACGGGACAUGGAGCAGGUGUAGCUACGGGCUGGCCUGGAUGUGGGGCUGGGAAGAGGCUUUCCCAGCUGUAGCAGGCAUCCUUUCCUUAAGGAAGGGCAGAGAUCUGAGAGGGUAAGAUGGCAAAUUAAAAUGGUCUGAAAAACAGAAUAAAGCAAGAGCAUCCUAGGAGAGGUGUUUCACAAGCACUGUUUCAGUGACAACAUUCAAUCCUUUGGAAAACAAAAAGGAGCAGAUUCAUGUGAAUAGCUACUAGUGAUUUUAAAGAAAUAUAUUGAAAGAGAACCCAUUUUCCAUGUGUAAUUUAAUGGUGAGAAAAGCCAGUAUCUGUAAAUAACUUUAGAUAUUGUAUCUAUGAGAAUCAUUCCUUGUUUUAUGUACUUGGCUCUUUUUGUAUUUAUUGUGCAGAGGAGGGUGUGCCCUGCGCCCGCGUGUGCUGCUGCCCGGCCAGCAGUGCUUCCCAGAGACUACUCAGAGUUUACAGCCCUCGGCCGUUUGUGACUGAUGUGCCACACGUGGGUCAUUCCCCCAUUAUUAAUAUUAUUAUUUUUUUUUAAAGGAUUAUUUUGGCACAGCUAAGCUGCUUCUGUGUGUUGGUCAGUACAACUGCUCUCAUACGAUGAGAACCCCAAUAAAAACCGUCCUUUGCGUGUGG